GUUUGCAGGAUUAACUUUUUUAAAGGUUUAUUUUAUAUUUGUUAACGACAGUAAUCUUUACAAAAUAAAUCCAAUGUUGGUAAGUCUGUAUUUCUACUUUCUCUUUCUACGAAGAAUGACAGAAAAAUGUUAGUGUUUGAAGACGGUCUCCUUUACAGGUAAUUUACUUUAACAUAAUUCUCAGUAGAGUUGAUGGUCGCGAGCCGUGCGCCGGCGCAGCGGCGUGCUGUAACAAUCCGUCGGCAAGGUAAACACGUUACACGUAAAAAACUAGAUCGGGGUAAAGAUUUUACUUAAUUUAACGAGUAAUAGUUGCAAUAAACCUCUUUUAUAAAUAGAAAAAAAAGUUAAUUUCCCGCUUAAAUUACUAUAGACAAGAAAUUCAAUACGAGAAAAAACUACAAAAUGUUAUGCAGAUAUAUACGUCAUGUUCUCUUUCUAAUAGUAUAGUAAUAUCCUAAUUUCUGUUAGUCGCUAGUUGCUUAUUAUAUUCUUUUGUUUUUGGAAUGGCAAUUGUUUUAGUGCGGCGUUGAAAUGCUACACAAGCAUACUUUGUGUCUUAUUUGCGUCGCGCUCAUCUUCGACUUUCGGGUAUGGACAUGCGCGGAGCUAUACACAGCCAUAUCCGACAUGGAACAGCUGCUGGUGACCCAAAAAAAGAUCAUCGUUGACUUGGACAACCACAUUCAAAAAGAGGAGAAAAGACUUGGCGUUUUAAAAAAACGGUUAAAUAUGUACAGAAGAGAACAUAAUAUGGCUCUGGUGGACGUCGAUAACUAUUUGGGCAAUCCAAUCAACGCAUUCACUCUAAUGAAGCGACUCACUAUAGAUUUAGAUUUUAUCGAAAAGACGAUUAAAAGUGGAACAGAAUUCGUUAGAGAUGUGACAGCUAGCAGCCCAGAGGUGUACCCCACCGAGGAGGACCUAAAGGGCGCUGCGCAGGCGUUGACUCGACUACAGAAAACAUACAAACUGGAUAUACGAGAACUCGCACAGGGGAGAUUGAAUGGAAUCGUUUAUAGUACACCUCUGAGUGCCAGCGACUGCUAUGAGCUGGGCCGCAUGCUGUACCUUAUUGACAAAUACUCCAAUUCCCUGCGAUGGAUGGAAGAAGCGCUCCGCAAAUACAAAGUAGAAGACGAAGUACAAAAUUUAUCAGAAGUCCAGAUACUGGAGUACAUAAGCUACUUGCAUUAUCUAUUAGAUGAUGGCCUAACAGCUUUAGAAUGGACCAACAAACUUCUAACUAUUGAACCGAACAACCAACAUGCUCUUAAAUACAUUCCGUAUUAUGUGAAGAAAGUAAGAGAAAAUAAAAAGAUACUUGAAAUGGGAAAUGCACUGGACGACGAAGAUGAAGAUGAAAUCUAUUUAGAAGCAGACACUAAAAUGUAUGAAACCCUUUGUCGCGGUGAAAUGGAACUUCCCUCUCAAAUAGUUAGCCAACUCAAAUGCAGUUAUUUGACGAAAAAUCAUCCGUUUUUAAAACUAGCUCCUAUAAAGACGGAACAAGUGUACAUAGCGCCCGACGUGUUCGUGUACUAUGGGGUGAUGAGCGAUGACGAGAUUGAGCACAUCAAGACCAUGGCUAGACCCAGAUUGAAACGUGCGUCUGUCGUCGAUUUCAUGGGCAAAGGGACAACAUCAGACUAUCGUAUCGCGAAGCUGGCUUGGCUGAAGGACGAAGAUUCCCCUGUGGUGACGCGCGUCUCGCAGCGCGUCGAGGAUUUCACUGGUCUGAGCAUCGCCUCUGCGGAGAAACUGCAAGUCCUUAAUUACGGCAUUGGUGGGUACUACGUACCACAUCAUGACAAUCAAUUGAAAAGUAAAAUGCGUUUUGAAAAUGUAUUCGACAAAAGGCUUGCUACGGUUAUAUUCUAUGGGGGCGCCACUGUGUUCUUGGAGCUGGGGCUGAGCGUGUUCCCCGUGAAGAAUGCGGCUUUAUUCUGGAUGAACUUGCACCCGUCGGGCGAAAAUGACGUCGCCAUGCUUCAUGGCGGCUGCCCCGUGUUGCGCGGCUCCAAGUGGAUAUCCAGUAAAUGGAUUCAUCAAGACGGCCAAGAAUUACUUGCGCCGUGUGAUCUGAAAUACCAACCAGAAGAGGUUUUACGGGAAAUUAUAAAAGCCAAACCUAGAGUAUAAGUGUUGUAGCAUAUAUAUAUGUUGUAUAUUCCCUUGUUUUGAAACAAAUAGACGUUAUAAUAAGAAA